AUGAAGUUGCGAACGAUCCCCUACAUACUUCGGCAACCUGUCUAUAAAAGUUACUCAAUGUGCCGAGCGACUUUAGAAACUCUCACGCGUACACUAUCUAUAUUUUCUACUAACUCUUUUAUUCUUUAUCUAUCUAUCUAUCUAUCUAUCUAUCUAUCUAUCUAUCUAUCUAUCUAUCUAUCUAUCCCCCAUCCUACUCUUUCUUUUUUCUAUCUAUCUUACACUUUUUCUUUCUUUCUUUAUCUAUCUAUAUCUACCCCUCCUACUCUUGCCUUUUUCUAUCUAUCUAUCUAUCUAUCUAUCUAUCUAUCUAUAUACCUCCUACUCUUUCUUUUUUUCUAUCUAUCUAUCUAUCUAUCUAUCUAUCUAUCUAUAUACCUCCUACUCUUUCUUUUUUUCUAUCUAUCUAUCUAUCUAUCUAUCUAUCUAUCUAUCUAUCUAUCUAUCUAUCUAUCUAUCUCUAUCCUUCCUACUCUUUCUUUUUUUCUAUCUAUCUAUCUAUCUAUCUAUCUAUCUAUCUAUCUCUACCCCUCCUACUCUUUCUUUUUUUCUAUCUAUCUAUCUAUCUAUCUAUCUAUCUAUCUAUCUAUCUAUCUAAUUCUUCUUUCUUUCUUUCUUUCUCUAUCUUUAUCUACCCCUUUUACUCUUUCUUUCUUUCUUUCUUUCUUUCUAUCUAUCCUACUCACAUUUUUAUCUAUCUAUCUUACAUUUUUAAUCUAUCUAUCUAUCUAUCUAUCUAUCUAUCUAUCUAUUUAUCUAUCCUACUCACAUUUUUUAUCUAUCUAUCUAUCUAUCUAUCUAUCUAUCUAUCUAUCUAUCUAUCUCACCCUCUCUUUUUAUUUCUCUUUUCUCUAUCUGUAA